UGAGAGCUCCAUCCAUGGCUCAUCACCAUCUGUGUUAUUUACAUUCUCGCGAAUGAGCCAAGAAUAAUGUUACAUUUGAGUUCUUUCAAGCCUUGAAGUCUAAUGAUAUUUUUGCUGGUCCUGGUCCUGUAAAGUGUAAUUGAGCUCACCAAUAUUAGGCUACUUAUCGUGUUGUAUUAAGACUGUCAGUUUCACUUUCAAUGGUGAUUUCCAUCAAUUCCUCCCAUUCAGAAUUUUAAAGCAUCUUUUUAUGCAUGUUAAUGAAAAAAAUAUUGUAUCACAAAUUAGCCAUAAUAUUUUAAAAAGUAUUCAAACACUGUCAAUGUUUUGGUCACAGAGGAACUUUUAAUUAAUUAAAUAAAUUAAUUAAAUUGCGUUUGUCAUAUUUGUUUUGAUUUAUUUAUUAAUUUAUUUGCAUUUAUUACAUUGUUUCCAAAUCAGGAUUUUUUUUAUUGAUGAUUUGACACUCCAUGUAAAUUGAUUUUGAUGUUUUGAGUUUUCUUUUUUUGUGCGCUUCCUAGAUUGUUUUUUUAAAAUGUUUUCCAGUUACAAAAUAGAUGUUAUUAUUACUUUAAAUUAUACAUAUUAUUCAUUAAAAUUGCUGUAUUACAAUAGCUGAAAUCAAAGUAGUUUUAAAUUGACCACUUUUAGUUCAUGAAAAAAAAUUCAACUCAUAAAAUCAAUUUAGAAAUGAAAGACAUUGUUACAAUUGAAAUGGAUUUUAAAGAUGUUAUGAACUAACAAUGAAAACACUUUUUACAUUGAUAGGUGUUAAUUGUUUAUUAGCAGCUUACUCUCAGAUAAGGUCACUGUGUGCUAAUGGUAUUAGUCUAGCUUUGCCAUGAGCCUCUGAUAUAAUUCAGUCCCUCUUCUAUCACUAUGAUACUUCAAACGCGACAGUAUGAUCCACUAGACCAUAUAUUGUUGGUGCACUACUUUGCUAUUUGCCAAUGCACUGAUAAUGACCCAAUAACUCGGUCAAGAGCUUUCUGUGAUCCAGACCAGGGUGUAGCAUGAGUUCACAAACAGUCUUCAAAAGCCAGAGGCCCUGACAAAGCAAGAAAGACUUCAAACAGCUGAGUCACAAAUCAAUCACUGAGUAUAUUUCAAAGGGGUCAGCCGCAGCCCCUUCAGACCUUAAAUCAGCAGGGAGGACUUCACGGUGGAAUAAUUUAGUGAGAUGUGCACACAGGCUGCCACAAGGUGGAGGCCGUGGUGUUGGAGAUGCAAGACCCCAAAACUGGUGUGAAAUCUCAGACACAGAGGCUUGUUAUCACAACCAUCCCACAUGCUAUAACAGGGGAAGAUAUUGUUGCAUGGAUCGCUAAUCGAUUCAAAAUAGAUGCUUUGGAGGCCCGAGCUAUGGGGACCAUGAUGGUGGCGUUUGGGUACAUCUAUCCACUACAAGAUCACAAGAGACUUAUCCUUAAACCAGACACAUCCCUGUAUCGCUUUCAGACACCAUAUUUUUGGCCUGCACAGCAAUGGCCAGUGGAAGACACAGACUAUGCAAUCUAUUUGGCAAAGAGAAAUAUACGCAAGAAAGGGAUGUUGGAGCUGUAUGAACAGGAAGAGUACAACAAUCUUUACAAAUGGAUGAAUCACAAGUGGGAUUUUAUUGUAAUGCAGGCCAAAGAGCAGUACAGGGCGGGAAAGGAGAGGAAGAAGCCGGACCGGGUGGUUUUUGACUGUCAGGAACGGGCCUACUGGGUUGUACAUCGGCCACCGCCAGGAACAGUUAGUGCCAUGGACUAUGGACACGACAGGAUGGUUGACCCCAAUUUGAAGGAGAAAAAAACACCUGACUACUACAGAAGAAUUAUUAUGUUCACUCAGCAGUGUAUCAUGAGACCAAGGGUGAAGUCAUCUGUGUCGAUUGGAGCAAUUGUUAAGUACUCAACAACAUACAGAGAGCAUGACCCCUUUCUCUACCCCUGCCUCCCAAGCAACCCCUGGUUAACAGAUGAUAUUACAUACUGGAACCUGAACAUGCCAAAUGUUGAGACCCCUACUAAAAUGAGAGUGGAGCGCUGGACUUUCAGCUUUGGAGAAUUGCUUACUGACCCUCGGGGAAGGGCUGAUUUUCGCCUCUUCCUUAAAAAGGAGUUCAGUGGUGAGAAUCUUGCCUUCUGGGAGGCAUGUGAGGAUCUGAAAUGGGGUGCUGCAGAGACAAUGAAAGAAAAAGCUCAGCAAAUAUACAAGACCUUUUUGGCUCGCGGAGCUCCGCGUUGGAUCAACAUUGAUGGCAAAACAAUGGACGUAACAGUGAAAGGUUUGGCACAUCCUCAUCGUUAUGUACUGGAUGCUGCCCAGACUCACAUUUAUAUGCUCAUGAAAAAGGACUCGUAUGGGCGAUAUCUCAAGUCCCCGGUGUUCAAGGAAACUCAGAAGAAGGCCAUUGCUCCCGAAGCACACAGAUUCAGUGAGGCGCAGUUGGAGCAGAAUUCCAAAAGAAGGCGGCCCAGCCUGAGUCCCAUCAUCCUGAGACAGCAGGAGGAAGAACAGAAGGCCAAACUUGCAGCAACUGGACCGGUGGACAUCACACAGCUCUGCCGGUUCACAGCACCUGUGCCUCAUCUGGCCGUGUAUACAGGCAUUUGUGAAGCUCAAUCUACUGCCUCCCCUGGACUCAUGACACUGCCCAACAGUGCUGCCUGCCCGUCUCCCAUCAGCGUCGCCAUCGACAGUACUCCAGCCUCAGAGAGAAGGUUUGAUGGCAACGGAGGGCCUUCCUCCUCCCAUUUCCCAUCAAUAGGAGAGGCGUCCGUGUCAGAGGAAGAGAACCAGCCACCUGCCCCUAAGUCUCGUAUGGCUCUGUCACUGAGCAGAUUUCUCCGCAGAGGAUGCAACGCUCCGUCUGUCUUUGCCAGCCUAUCCCCGAAAUGUGGUGUGGCUUCAGGGGGAGGCAAAGUACAACCACUCGGAGUGGAGCCCCUCACACAACCCCAGCCCAGAAGAAUUGCAAACUUUUUUCAAAUCAAAGUUGACAUCCCACCUGAAUGCCGCAUCUACCCCAUUGAUUCAGAAGAUGAGGAGGAUGACAGUCCUGAUACAGCAAGAGGAGGUGUGAAAGAAAUCAUUUGCCCAUGGGAAACUGUCACCAAACAAGAUGGAGCUGGAUAGAAGAGUCGUAGACGAGUUAGUACACUCUUAAAAAUAAAGGUUCCAAUAGAGGGUUUUUCGCAGCAAUGCCAUUAAAGAACCAUUUUUGAUUCCCCGAAGAACCUUUCAGUGAUCAGUUCUUAAAAGAACCCUUUUUUUUAGUUUGAAGAACAUUUUAAAAAUCUAAAGAGCCUUUUUCCACUAUAAAGAACCUUUUGUGGAAUGAAAAGUUUCCAUGGGUGUCACAGGUUCUUCAUGAACCAUGGAUGCCAAUAAAGAACAUUUAUUUUUAAGAGUGUAGAGAGGAAGUAAAUACACUGAACCAACACUUGUGUCAUGAAUAUUUUGUCUUACAAUCCCGAGAAGGCUGUGGUUAGUAAUGUAUGAAGUAACCUCAUCUCUAACUAACUUGUCUGUUAUUUUUGAUAGCUUUUAGGUAGUGCCUACAUGUUAUUGUAGCCAAUGAAAUUAUUUGGUUAUAAUGUUUAAAUGUUAGUUUUAUAUACAUAAAUUCGUAUUCUGAUGUCACUGUUCUUUUAUGACUGAAGGGGCCUUAUUUUAAGAGAUUUUGUUUAUUUAACUGUCAUCAGUUUGGUUAGUGGUGAGAACAAAAGAUUUUGUACUUGGCUUGUUCACUGUUUUAUAUAGCUGAAAAACAUGCAUAAAUGUGAAUCGCUUUAAGAAAUGUUAUUUUCAUAGAAGUAAAUUUAGUAAGGCAGUAAAACAGAAUGUGGAUGCACAUUUGCUGUCUGAAUGUUUAACCUUUAAAAUGUUUACAGUUCACUUCAGAAUGUGAAUUUGUUCAUGACUCAUGUUUAAAUUGUGUAAGUGCCUCAAUAAAUCAUUUCAAAGUUA